AUGGGCGUGAUUGUCCCAGUAAAGCAACAAGAAAGACUGGUGAAUGGUGUCCCAUGGCUUGUUGGCAGCUCUCUGGCGCUGGUUUAUUCAGCCAGUGCACAAUGGAGCCCAAUGGUUCAACAUCAACUCGUUAUCCUCAACUUCGAAACUCCAUUGUUCGACCGCUUCUCUUUCCCGUCUGGUCAUUCCUCGAGAGCUGCAAUGUUGGCGACAUUAUGUGUGGGAUUCUUCCCAAGAUACCGAUUCGCGGCCACUGGGUUAUCUGCUCUGGUCGCUUUUAGCAGAGUAGCUAUGGGACGCCACUACCUUAGCGAUGCUCUAGCAGGUCUAGGGCUAGGCCUAAUAGAGGGAGUAAUGGCUCUCGCCUUGCCUCGGUCGUUCUCUCGCUGGCUUUGCAAUGUGUUGCGAUGA